AUGAAUCCCAAGACGCCCCCUCCAACACCUGUUUCCAACCCCGUCUGCCCUACGUACGGCCCGUGGAAACUCGUCAGCGUACCCGCAAGCGAAAUCGAAUCUGAUACCUCUCAGUGGUCCCAGGAAUUAUCAAAGCUAGAAGUCAGUAUUAUAGGAAAGCAUAGUGACGAUGCCUACGAAGUUGCUAUUGAUCCACUUCAUCUUCUGGGGCUCAAAUCUCAGCCUUGGUACAUGAAUCUUAACGACAACCCGAUACAACCCGGAGAGAGACAGAAAGAUAUUUAUGGCAUAAAUGCCGCAACCAAGAAAGCUCGUGAGCAAUGGCUUCAACGCGCUGCCGGUGUGAUCCGCUCUGGACACCAGCCAGAGGUCAAUGAAGCUUAUCGCGAUCAUGCCCGAUCCAAUGGCUUACACGAAGAGCUCGCUAGAGCAAUCUUGAUUCAUGAUAUAAAGACAUCAAUCCCUUUGGUUCAGCAAAAGUUGGCACAAAACUGUGUGCUCUUAUUUCUGAACUUGGAGAAAGAUCAUAGUUCUUCUGCCGCCUACAAUUACCUUAGGAGUGAUCAAGAUGAGUUGCUUGAAAGUCUCCAGUGUUCGUUACGAAUUCCAAUACCACCCAAAAGGACGAAGUGUGACGAGACUCAAAUCACUUCACUUAUCCGAGCUCUGCUGGAAUUGUCCGGCGGCAGAGUGGAAGUUCAACAGCAUGGAUUCAUUGAAGAGUACACGGCUAGUGAAAACGCCGAUCUUUACGCUUCGGUUUUCAACAUUACAAGGUUGAGGCAGUUUGGAGAUUUCGAUCCAAAAGAAAUGUGCAAAAUGCUCUCGAAGUCUGUGGCGUUCUCUGAGAUGGCCAUCAGUAUCCGAUAUGUGGAAGAAUCGACCGCAAAGAUGAUGGACUCUCUCCAGGUUGGCUUUCGAAAGGGAUACCUAGAACUUCCAUCGCAGGUGUUGAGUGGACUCGGGGUUGGCCAAAUAGACACAUUUGAAGCCUAUCUUACGCAUACUUAUCGAACCAUUCCGCCACUUCAAAGACCGGAAAACAAUACGCUACUCCUUCUUACCUGGAGCACGGUGGUGUCUGAUCGUCAGCUCGAUGUCCUCCGCGAAUGGGCGAGUUCAGAAAAUGGUCUAUACAAGCAGUUGAUUAGAGAUUUCCGAGAUCCCCAGACUGCGGAACAGCUUGUGUUGAUCAUGGCUGCCUUAAUGAGCUAUCGACGACUUCUUCCCGACCUCUCUGACGAUUCCGAGCGGCCUAUCAGGGGUAGCUAUCUAGCCGACCUAGAUGCUCUCUUGAAUGGCUGUUCGCUUGGAAACAGUGGAAUAAUCGCGCAACGUAUGGUCUUUUCGCUGAUACGGGUAUUCCGUUCCUCCGGGAACCAGUUUGGGGAGCUCACUACGUUCCUUGAGACUGUCCUUGACCGAGAACCUCCUUUAUUGCAUGUCUUUGACGGAUUUUGUGAUCAAUAUUGGAAUCGGAGAAUCGACAGCCACACUCGCCACACUCAUGAGAUCGUAAUGGUAGAGUUGUCGCAUUUGAAAUUGCCAAAGCUUAGAGAAGAUGGCGACCCAGACUGGGUCACCGUAACGCUCCCAGAGGCACUGCCUGUUCAGGACCAUUCACAAAAACCAUACAGUGACCACACACUGCCAGCUGUGAAAACGAAGUCCAUGGAGCAGUCCCAUGGUGAUCAUCCCCCUAAGAUCGAUAUCCCUCAUACCAUCGAAGUAUCCACCGCGCCUAGAAUCGCUGAAGAUAUGACUGCCUCUUGUAUCGGCGCAGAAUUUUCUUCGAAAGUCCUAUUACCGCCCCUGGGCUUCCGCGGGGACCAGUACACACUUAUACGAAUGUUCAGGGUUGAAGAUGAAAACGUGUUGCAAAAACUUGAUGCAAACAUCGGAAAAGUGAAUGAGGUUCCUUGCAUCGAGGAGUUGAGCGAUGGGUCAUGGGAGAUUUGUAUCCUCCAGUCGCAUCGCCGUAUCGUAAAGGAUGAGCUCUGUAAGAUAUUCCCUGGCUCAAACGUCGACCUUUACUACGAUCCUCUUGAACCUACGGCCAAGGACUCAAAGAUCUGGGGUUAUGAUAAGGCAAAGAGGCUCUAUGAAGUAUGGUUUUUCGACAGAGCAAUCCGGGUAAUCAAAGAAGCCUGGUCUGCGGGUGCUGCUUGCUAUGCUUACCGUCUGAAAGUCAUGUCUGGGCUUAGCGUUGACUUUACGCUGAUGCCUACGUACCAAGGCUAUUUACAAAGCAAAGAAGACGCCGUCUAUCUCCUUGAAGCCUGUCUUAGCGGAAAGCUUGCCCAUUCAUGUCGAGGGCCUCAAGAUGGAGAGGCAACCAUCAGUGGCAACAUUUUCGUCUGGGAAGCGAGUAUCACAGGCAUUGAUUGCUGGAGGGAUGGCAUGGAGUGGACUAUCUGGGAAGAAGACGGCUUUGAGGUCGGCAAAGCGAUCGAUGAUUCCGGGCUCAUGAAGAAGACAUUUAAUAUCCCCGCAUAUGAGCGCAUUCAUCAUGUAGUGUCCUACUAUACUGCAUGUGAUGCUCAAACCUUAGCUCAGCCAUCAAAAGAACUUGACUUAGGGCCCUUCAGCAAUCUCGUAUCAAGUUUCGAUGCUCAGCCUCAGCACCAUUUUCACGGAGAGAUAGCUCUUCGUCACCGAAGACACAACCAUCAACGACAAGGAAGCCCGAAAAACACGCAAUACGCCUGCACUUUCAGCAAAUGCUUCAUGAAAUUUGAGAGCAAAUAUGCCUGGAAAUUGCACGAGAACUCACAGCAUUUCCAAGUGGAGUGCUGGUUAUGCCCUUUUUAUCCCUGUACUGACAGCAACCAAACUUCUACAUAUGGGAAUGAAGAUGGUAAUGGACAGAUUAAGACACGAAUCUUCUAUUCCCGUCGUGACUAUAUCACACAUCUCCAAUCUGUGCACUCUGUCAAUAACGACACGGUCGAUCAACAAAUUCGUGAGCAGAGAAUUGGUCGAAACUGCCAGAGUCGCUACUGGUGCGGGUUUUGUGGAAAGAUUGUGCCGUUGCAGAAGAAGGGGCUGGAGGGCGCCGAUGAGAGAUUUGAUCAUAUUGGGGGGCACUUCAGCGGUGGGGAGCAAAUUGCGAAUUAUAUUGAGAUGGACGGUAGUGGUGUCAAAGGAGAAAACCGGGGGGGUGAGUUGGAUGGAUGCCACACCUCUAUCACCUCUUCUGUGGACGAUGCUGAAGUCUGGCCUUUCCAAGACGGCGGGGCACGUUGCAACGAUGGAAUCCACAAGACAGGAAUGACGCGCGAGGAAAGUGUUGCAGAUGCAGACGAAUGGGACGAUGAUUUCGAUUCCACGCCACUUCUAGAGCAGCCUUGCAGUUAG